ACAUCGAAUUCGACUCUAUUCGACUCUUGGCAAACUUAACGACAUUGAAUAAUUUUAUCUGUCUAAUUUUUGGUCUAAUUUGAGCUCUAUCAAAUUAACAAGUAUUAUCAAUAAAAACAUAAAUAAUAAUCUCAUUAAUUAAAAUGGCAAAAUACAGAAUUGUUAUGGUACGUCAUGGUGAGAGUGAAUGGAAUCAAUUGAAUUUAUUCUGUGGUUGGUAUGAUGCUGGUUUAUCUGAAAAAGGUAAAAAUGAAGCAUUGGCUGCUGGAAAAGCACUCAAAGCAUCAGGGUAUACUUUUGAUGAAGCACAUACAUCAGUAUUGACACGUGCCCAAGUUACCCUUGGAUCAAUUCUCAAGGAAAUUGGACAAGACAAUAUUCCAAUAAAUAAAACAUGGAGAUUAAAUGAACGUCAUUAUGGUGGUCUUACUGGUAUGAAUAAAGCUGAAACAGCAGCAAAAUAUGGUGAAGAACAAGUACAAAUAUGGAGAAGAUCAUUUGAUACACCACCACCACCAAUGGAACCAGAUCAUAAAUAUUAUGAUAAUAUUGUCAAAGAUUCACGUUAUGCUGAAGGACCAAAACCAGAAGAAUUUCCAAAAUUUGAAUCAUUAAAACUUACAAUUGAAAGAACUCUUCCAUACUGGAAUGAUGUUAUUAUUCCACAAUUAAAAGCUGGAAAAAAUAUUAUUAUUGCUGCACAUGGUAAUAGCUUGAGAGGAAUUGUCAAACAUCUUGAUCAAAUGAGCAAUGAUCAAAUUAUGGGAUUAAAUUUACCAACUGGUAUUCCAUUUGUUUAUGAACUUGAUGAAAAUUUCAAGCCAGUUGUUUCAAUGAAAUUUUUGGGUGAUGAAGAAACAGUCAAGGCUGCUAUUGCUGCAGUUGCUGCACAAGGUAAAGCCAAGUAAAAAAAAAAAAUAAAAUAACACAAAGACUAAAAAAAGAAUCAUCAUUACAAAAAUAAAAAAUAAA